AUGAGAGUUUGGAUCGCGUCGUUAUUCUUUUAUAUAUUUGUGUUUUUGAUUUGUGAACUCUUACGAUAUAUUAUUGUUGUGUUGUUAGCGAAACGACUCUCUGCGACAAUUAGAAGUCUGCUUCUCGAGUUCGUCGGAACGUUACAAGUAUGCACACCGAUGUUUGAUGUGAACUUGAUAUUGAGUACAUAUGGUCUCUUCGGUGUUUUCAUUGAAAUUACCGUCAUCGAAUUAGCGAAUUGUUACUUUCUUCGUGAUGCUAUAGCGCAUCCGUGUCCUCUGAUAACGACUGCAACCCGAAAACGUUCAAUCGUAAGACGUGCACUGGUUGUGUUCCUGGUGCAGUUAUUAGCUGCGUAUUUAUCGUACUUCUUGGCUAGACUCUUUUGGAGGUUAAAACUCAAUCGUCAUCAUGCGGAACUUCUCUUCAGUGAUCAUUGCGAAGCUGAUCUCACGGUGAGUUCACUCGAAAUAAAUUGUUACAUCUCGUUGUUUUAUCUCCAAUGA